GCGAGAGAGAGAGAGAGAGGAAACGACUUCUUGGACAGAUAAGGCGGGAGAAGCAGAAAGAACAAAAAGAUGGCGAAACUCCCAUCAGCGGCUUCCAUCAAUCUGAGUGGGCGCCUUCCUCCUCCAUUACCGCUUCCCUCCCUUCUCACUCCCAAUCUCAUCAAAUCUAACAAGGAGCAGAGGCAAAUAGCAACUUCAGCUGCGAAAUCCGGUGGAGUCUCGCUGAACUCGAUCCUCAAAAGUUGUAAAACGUGCAGCGGAAAAGGUGCGAUAGAGUGUCCUGGGUGCAAGGGAACCGGGAAAAACAAGAAGAAUGGAAACAUUUUCGAACGGUGGAAAUGCUUUGAAUGUCAAGGGUUUGGGCUGAAGAGCUGCCCCAAUUGUGGAAAGGGAGGCCUCACCCCGGAGCAAAGAGGAGAGAGAUAGUCUUUGGAAGAAUAUCUUGUUGACCACCUUGCAUCUGCAAUUCCUAUAUUGCUACUCGAACUUGAUCUGUAGAAUUUGAGUUCAUUGUAGCAGUUGAGGUGAACUUUGAUCAGUAGAUUUCGAUGUUUGUGGGAAGGUAGAUUACCAUUGUACUUAAGGCUA